CAUUCCACAUCGUCUGCCCUAUUGGAGCAGUUGGUGUACAUCGACAACUUCAUGUCGACGAACGGCUCCAACGCCGGUGAUCUGACUCCAAACUUGGACAUCGACGGUCAGCUUUCCAUCGAUUUGGCCGCGUUUGCUGACGAUUCGUUCAUCUUUCCCGACGAAGACAAACCCAAAAAUCGUGACAACGACAACGACGAUGCAAACAAGGACACGCGUAUAAAAGACGACCCUGAGAAGAAACGGAGUUUGUUGGGCGAAAACCAGUCCACGAUUGAUUCGUCGUUCUUGGAGUCGUCGCACGAAAACACGCCUGGAACGUUUCCCUUACUCCAAAGCCAGAACCUGAACGGAUUGAACGUGUCCAAACUCCCAAAAUUCCCGGUUCCUCCAGGUGCAAAAUCCUCGUUAGUGUCAGCAGGACUUUCACAGAACCAGAUCGACUUGCUUAGCGCAUUGAUUGCCCAGCAUCAAACAAGCUUGGGCAACUCCAUUCCUCCCUCUUCCACGUCGCCUGAUUUGCAUCGUCAGCAGGUGCCCCAUUUGCCGAGCCAGGGUUCCAGUUUCAAUUUUAAUUCUCCUGUCCCUGCCACCACCGGACAUGGCAGCUCAGGAUCGAUUUCGGGGUCUUCCAACGGGUUUGUGUCGUCAGAACUCGACAAGAGACGUCGCAACACGGCAGCUUCGGCCAGGUUCCGUAUCAAGAAAAAGCUCAAGGAAAAGCAAAUGGAAAACCAGUUGCUGUCGCUCAACGACUUGAUCAAGGACUUCGAGGUCAAGGUGCAGCAGUUGGAGAUGGAGAACAAGUUGUUGCGGAACUUGAUUAUCGAGAAGGGCAGCCAGAAAUCCGACCAGGAGCUCAAAGUGUUGAGAGAGAGAGCCAGAAUG